UAAUUCUUACCCUGGCUGUGGGUGAUCACGUAUGCGCACCUCAGUUCCGGUUUCUUUGACUCGAGGUAAACAGAGACUGAAAAGUCCUUUACCGCGUGGAAUGAUGGCUGACGCAAAAAAGGAAACCGAUGUUCCAACCAAAAAACUACCGGCAGUGCCGGAAUCUGUGUUAAAGAAAAGGAAACGCCGUGAGGCAGUUAAAGCUGCACGUCUACAAAUAUCGAUCAAGCAACGUGCUGACCGCUACAAGAAAAGAAAAGUAAUAUUUAAAAGAGCUGAGAAAUAUGUAAAAGAAUACAGAAGGAAGGAAAGAGAUGAAAUCAGAUUGAUUAGACAAGCUAAAAAUCGCGGAAAUUAUUAUAUUCCUGGCGAAGCACGUCUUGCAUUUGUUAUUCGUAUUCGAGGUGUGAAUCAAGUUGCUCCAAAAGUACGGAAGGUAUUACAGCUGUUCCGUCUAAAACAGAUCAACAAUGGUGUCUUUGUUAAAUUGAACAAAGCAACCAUUAACAUGUUACGUAUUGUCGAGCCUUAUAUUACAUGGGGAUAUCCUAAUUUGAAAUCAGUUCGUGAGUUGAUCUACAAACGUGGGUUUGCCAAGAUAAAUAGGCAACGUAUACCAAUAACUAGCAAUGCCCUCAUUGAGAAGAAGCUUGGUCGGUCUCAUAUCAUUUGUACCGAAGAUUUGAUUCAUGAGAUAUUCACUGUUGGCCCGAAAUUUAAAUUUGCCAGCAAUUUUCUGUGGCCGUUUAAGCUCAAUACACCAAAUGGCGGAUGGCGUAAGAAAACCAACCAUUAUGUAGAAGGUGGUGACUUUGGAAAUCGAGAAGAUAAAAUUAAUGAACUUCUCAGAAGAAUGGUAUAAAUUUAUAAAAAUCUUCGUAAAUAAAGUUCUACAAUUGAAAU